GCCGUUCCUGCUGCGCCUCUUACCACAGGUCAUGUAGAAACACGGACAUUACUUCAUUUGCCUGUUAUGUUUUACUUUUAUUUCCAUUAUUUGUUUUUUCAAGCAAACAAAGCAUGAAUUCCAAAAUCUUCGAGAGCUAGAGAAAAACUGGAAAAGAACACAAUCAUAACGGAUUACAGAAGGGUGACCACCGGUUUAAGGCGCAUAUUUGUUCUUCUUUUUGGGGUGUCCCAGGGAAUGUUUUUUUUUCCCAACUUUUCUGCACUGCUUCCAGUAGAAUGUCUUUUAUUCUUGUUUUAGUAGGGAUUGCAUGAAAUUAAUACCCUGCGCACAAGCAGAGCUGUCAAACCUGCGUAUCGGCUUGCUUUGUUGUAAAGUCGCAGUUAAAUGGCGGCAGGAUAAUCCUGUCUAUCGCUGUGCAGCAAGUCCUCGCGCGGCCACUUCUUCCUGAAAGCGCGCGCCUUACAGACUAAGCAUGGAAUCUUCUGCUGAUUUCUGUUAAAUUCUUCAAUCCAACAAGACCCCAAACACACAACAAUGAGCGCUACUGCAGGGACUGGAGUCUUUAUGCUCUCCCUUAUAUCUAUCCCCUUCUGCUAUUUAUUAAAUUCUCUCAUAUACAACAACAGUACAGAGGCGUUCUUCUUCGCUUUGUGGACAGCAGCCCUCAUUCUGACCAUUGCAAUUCGUUUUAUGCUCAAGAAGGCUCCUGUUGAUCCACUCUUCUAUGUGUAUGCAGUGUUUGCUUUCCUGAGUGUGGUGAAUCUGAUCAUUGGGCUGGAGCAGGACAACAUCAUUGAUGGAUUUGUGACAUUCUACCUAAAAGAGGCAGAACCACACGUUAAUACAGCACACGGGCACAUGAUUUCCUACUGGGAUGGCUGUGUGCAUUACCUCAUGUAUCUGCUUAUGGUUGCUGCCAUUACAUGGGGGGACAGUUACCGGGCAAUUGGACUAUACUGGGUGGGCUCUUUCCUCAUGCGCACCAUUGUCUACAAUCUUGGGAAUGCUGUGGGAAAAUAUGGGACCCAAGUGACUCCUUUCUUCAUCCUCCACAUGCUUUAUAUCUCAGUGUCUGUGUGGGCAUGCUUCAGGGUCUUCAGUCAGCCUUCGACACAUGAUGCUCAGUUACCAAGCAGUCAAGAGGCCCAGCGGGCGAACUUGCUCCAAAGACCUAUGGAUCUACUAUUCAUUGUCUACCUCAUUCCAGCUUUCGCCUUCUGUGUCUUCAGGGGCUUGGUUGUUCUGGACUGUUCUGGCAAAUUGUGUGAGGACUACACCCAGCGGUUUGAGCCUUACCUCAAAGAUCCCUCUGCCUACCCUAAAGUUCAGAUGCUAGUGAGCUUGCUGUAUUCAGGACCAUACUACAUUUUGACUUUGUAUGGGCUGUUGGUCCCAGGAUGUCAGUGGAUGCCAGAUCUAACUCUUGUGCACUCAGGUGCUCUGGCUCAGGCCCAGUUCUCUCAUAUUGGUGCGUCCCUUCAUACACGGACACCGUUCUCUUACAGAGUGCCAGCUGACAGCCAGCCCAUCUUUUUGCUUGUUAAUGUUCUGUAUGUUCUUGUGCCUCAUGCUCUUUGCUAUCGCUGCUGCACACAACCAGACUUCUUCCUCAAACCAAAGGGAGACAAAAAAUCCCAAUGACUUGGCACCUCUGGGAUGCUUACACAUACCACAGAUGACAAGGAUGCCUUAAAAAAAAGCUUUGUUUUUUGGAUUGUCUCUGUUUUUUUAACGCUUGCGUCCGGGAACUGGAAUAGAGCCAUGUCUUGUUGUUUAGGCAAGAAAUGUGAAUAAAAAUGUGAACAAGAUGAAGAAACUUAUUCUGGUUUGUUAGUUAAAAACAACAGCUUUAUGUUUACCGGUACUAUUAUCUUCUCAAAGUUUUUGUCAACAAAACCAUUUAAUUUUCGAGUCAGAAAUUUGAAUUAUCAUUGAAAUAAUUUGCGGUUAUUGUAACUUGUAAGAUGAGGUAAAAAAAAACAAAAAAACAUUCAUGUACAAUUCUGAAAAUAUUUUAUUCACAGCUCCUGUACUUGCAGAUGGGUUCUUGGCAAAUGUGUUCUAAACACCUAAAGUUCCAAAAUGUUAUAUUUUUUUAGGAGUCCAUGUAUUUUUUUUCUAAAUCAAACGUACAAACUGAUAUUGAAAGCAUUUGUCCUACAACUCCACAGGGACCUACUAUACCCUUCAUGUUUAAAUUUAAGGUUAUUUCAUAAAAUGGAUAGAAAAUAUAUAUUUUCAAAAAAUUAUCUUGUUGUUUCUACAUUCAAAGCAUCACUAUUCAGAGUAUGUUGCUAUAAUGAAUGUACCCCCUUUCUUGAAAUUAUUAGACAGAUUUUUUUUUU